CCAAUUUGAAAAACUCUCUCAAUCUGAAAAAAAGAAAGAGAGAAAAAGUUUCAAAAGAAAAAUACCGCGUGAGAGCAGCCGCAUCUUACAAAAUUGUUAUUUAUACAUUUCUUCCUCUAUAACUCUCUUUCUCUCCUUUCAAUUUCUAUGUCCCCUCUCUCUCUUUCAUCCAUUCUACACUUCUGUUUUUUCCGGGGUUAGGGUUUUAUAUAUAUACACGUAUAUAGAUAUAUAAAGAGAAGGAGAUGGGGCAACAAUCGUUGAUCUACAGUUUUGUGGCAAGAGGCACGGUGAUUCUUGCUGAAUAUACAGAGUUUACUGGUAAUUUCACAAGCAUCGCAUCUCAAUGUCUCCAGAAAUUACCUGCUUCUAACAACAAAUUUACCUACAAUUGCGAUGGUCAUACCUUCAAUUACCUCGUUGAGAACGGCUUCACCUACUGUGUGGUUGCAGUUGAAUCUGCCGGAAGACAAAUUCCAAUUGCCUUUCUGGAGCGGGUUAAAGAAGACUUUAACAAGAGAUAUGGUGGAGGGAAAGCUGCAACUGCUCAAGCCCAUGGCCUGAACAGAGAGUUUGGGUAUAGAUUUGCAUCUUUUUAUUUUCAAAUUAAAUCAAACGAAUUUGAAUUUCUUUUGAAGCAUGCUGUCCUUAUCUGUUUAUGUUAUAGGUCCAAACUGAAGGAGCACAUGCAGUAUUGCGUGGAUCAUCCAGAGGAAAUCAGCAAGCUUGCGAAAGUGAAGGCUCAGGUUUCUGAAGUGAAGGGUGUGAUGAUGGAAAAUAUUGAGAAGGUUCUUGAUCGUGGUGAAAAGAUUGAGCUGCUGGUGGAUAAAACUGAGAAUCUUCGUUCCCAGGCUCAGGAUUUCAGACAACAGGGGACCAAGAUGAGAAGGAAGAUGUGGAUUCAGAAUAUGAAGAUAAAGUUGAUUGUUUUGGGUAUCAUCAUUGCCUUGAUUCUUAUCAUAGUGUUAUCCGUUUGUCAUGGCUUCAAAUGUUAAUUUUCUCAACUUUCAGUGGAGCUAUCCUGCCCUGCCAAUAUUACUGGAUUUGUCUUGCUAAAUUGGUUAGCCUUUGUUCUGAUGAUCCAUCUUGCAGAUCUCUCUCUACGGGGUCUUUUAGGUUACUUCUUUCCCCUUAUGUUAGCCUCUUUUAGGAUGUGAGGAGAUCUGUAUUUUCUGGAUUGGUUGUAUAGGUUAUAUGUUGAACUUCUCCUGGUAGAUAUUUUUCUUUGUGCUUAUGAUAUUUGUUUAAGAUGUAAUGGAGGAAUACUUGAUGACUGCAGUUUAGGCCCUUUUUUUGUGGAUUGCUAAAUGUAUCUUCCCAUUUCAA